AUGCUGAUGCCGUCUACGCCCACGCUUUCUGUUGUCCCCGAAAAGUUAGGCUCGAAAAAGUUUGCAUUUUAAAUUCGCCCAUUCACUUCUUCUCCUUCUAUACUCUUUUCUCCGUUUCGCUCUUGUUUCACUCGCUCAUUUUCGUAUUUUCAGGCAAAACUUUGAGUGUACCGGAGAACGUUAAGCUGCCGGUGAGUUCAGAAUUCAUGGAUUUUAUGCACAGUUGGCGUUGUCCACGAGUAGUACACGGCCGCGGUGUGUGCGCCUUUCUCGGCCAUGUACUCCACGUGGAAAAUAUUCCCUUUUUUGGAUUUUUGAAAGACAACACGAUUUUUUCUUAUCAAUUAUCUUAAAUUAUCUAACUCACUUUCUGAUAAAUGUUGACAAAAAUUACAGAAAAACAUAAAUUAAAACUCUUUCUUUGGCAAUUUUCGCUAUCUCCAACUUAUUUUUUUGCAGAUACGGGUCGAUUAAAUCAAGCACAUUAGUUGGAGGAGCACACAAAAUGAUAUUUUUCAAGAAGAAGGCCAUUAUAAAAGUGCUCCUUCUAAUUCCCGUCAUCUGGCUCUGCUCACUCAUCUUCUUUGCCGCCACAAGUAAUAACAGUAAUCAGGUGAGCAGUACGGUUGACUUUAAAGCUAAACGGUCUUACUCGACUUUGCAGAAUAACAAUAACAUUGCGGAUGCGAUCGUCGCACAUCCAAAAGCGGUCCCAAAGGCUGAAAAGCCGAAUGUAAUUCAGGGAUUCGGGCCACCAAUCGAGCCGGAACCCGUUGCUCCAGAAGAGACUAACAAUGUGGAGAACGAGCAGCCGGGAGGCAAUCUGGUGAAGCCCAAGUUCAUGGUGGAUCCGAACGAUCCGAUCUACAAAAAGGGUGACACCAGCCAAGCCGGAGAGCUCGGAAAGGCCGUUGUCGUGGACAAAACAGUCCGUUUCUGCCUUUAUUCGGCUUGAUUAUAGUGCUUUAAUUUCAGAAAUUGUCUCCUGAAGAGAAAGCCAAGUACGACAAGGGAAUGCUGAACAAUGCAUUCAAUCAAUACGCAUCCGACAUGAUUUCGGUACAUCGGGCACUUCCAACUAACAUUGAUGCUGAGUGAGUCUAUUUUUUUCCAGAAGUCAACAAAGUCUGCCUCUUUUCAGAUGUAAAACAGAAAAGUAUCACGACAAUCUUCCGCGCACCUCGGUCAUCGUGUGCUUCCACAACGAAGCGUGGUCCGUUCUGCUGCGAACAGUUCAUUCUGUGCUCGAAAGAACGCCGGACAAUCUGCUGGAGGAAAUUGUUCUCGUCGACGACUUCUCUGACAUGGAUCACACGAAACGGCCCCUCGAAGAGUACAUGUCUCAGUUCGGCGGAAAAGUCAAAAUUCUGCGGAUGGAGAAGAGAGAAGGGCUGAUCAGAGCGAGACUUCGUGGAGCCGCAAUCGCCACCGGAGAGGUCCUCACUUAUUUGGAUUCGCAUUGCGAAUGUAUGGAAGGAUGGAUCGAGCCGCUUCUCGACAGAAUCAAGAGGGAUCCGACUACAGUCGUGUGCCCGGUUAUCGACGUCAUCGACGACAACACGUUCGAAUACCACCACUCGAAAGCCUACUUCACAAGCGUCGGCGGGUUCGACUGGGGACUCCAGUUCAACUGGCAUUCCAUUCCGGAACGGGACCGCAAGAACCGUUCCCGUGCCAUCGACCCCGUCCGUUCUCCCACUAUGGCCGGAGGAUUGUUCUCGAUCGACAAGAAAUACUUUGAAAAACUCGGAAGCUACGAUCCCGGAUUCGAUAUUUGGGGCGGAGAGAAUCUUGAACUUUCCUUCAAGAUCUGGAUGUGUGGAGGCACUCUCGAGAUUGUUCCCUGCUCGCACGUCGGCCACGUUUUCCGAAAGCGUUCGCCGUAUAAAUGGAGAACCGGAGUGAAUGUGCUGAAGAGAAAUUCGAUCAGAUUGGCAGAAGUGUGGCUUGACGAUUACAAAACGUACUACUACGAGAGGAUUAACAACCAAUUGGUACGGACAAACUAAGUACGGUUUAUUUCUGAAACUCAUUUGUUUGCAGGGUGAUUUCGGAGAUGUGUCCUCCCGAAAAAAGCUGCGUUCGGACCUCGGAUGCAAAUCCUUCAAAUGGUAUCUGGAUAACAUCUAUCCGGAACUGUUCGUUCCCGGAGAGUCCAUCGCCAAGGGAGAGGUACGCCACUUUCUUCCGCUUUCUUACCCCAAAACUAAGAAACCUCCCUUUUCUGGAUCAUCUUUCUCUCUUUUUAGAUUCUCGGUUUCUCUAAAAGUAUCUCUAAUUCUCACACCUUUUUUGUGCUUUUUUGUUCCCCAGCAUCCCCUACAGCUUUGGUUACGGCCAUUUGGGAAUAUUUUAAUCUCUCUAACCUUUCUCUCUCUCUCUUUCUCUUUUUCCUCCUCAAUUCCCAUUUCAAACCAUCUAAUUUUGGUACUGCUUGGUUCUGGGAGCCCCCUCGGUUAAUGUGUCUGUCCUUCAGGGAAACGUCCACUCAAAAUGAAAACCAAAAAAAUAAUCUGAUUACCGAUCUGACCGUGGUACCUUCGUGUCUGCCCCCCAUGCCGGGUAACUGUGCUGUUGCCUCAGCCUCGUGUUGUCUGCAUGUCUGUGUGCUCCCUUCAGCAUCCCACUCCCUUGCUGCAUGAUCAAUUCGACAUUGUCUGAAAGUAUUCAGACGAGGUGCAUGUUUUUCUUCUCCAAUCCCAUCUAGAACUUUUUAACUAGAACGUCUCAAUCGAAUUCUAACACUGAAUCAUCUCAAGUAACGCCAAUCCAGUCUCUCUCCGUCACUCUUAAAAUCUCAUAUCAUAUUUCUGAGAGUAUUCAGCACUGUUGUGUUGUGAGUGUGUAAGCAUUGCACAGAAUGACUGGAAUCUGUCCGUCAUUCACUAGAGCCUAGCACAAGACUCAGUCAGUCUUGCACCACAAUCCCCCUCUCUUUCGCUCUUUUCUCUAUCUGUCUUGAUGUGGUCGUUUGGUGUUUGAAGGUGCGCAACAGUGCGGUGCAACCCGCACGAUGUCUCGAUUGCAUGGUGGGCCGGCACGAAAAGAAUCGGCCCGUCGGCACGUAUCAGUGUCACGGUCAGGGCGGCAAUCAGGUUAGUCACCACAACGAGCACCUCCUGCUGCGUUUCAGCUGCGCAACGCGCAAUCAUCGCAAUGUCUGGACAGCGCCGUCGGCGAAGAAGUCGAGAAUAAGGCGAUCACGCCGUAUCCGUGCCAUGAGCAAGGAGGAAAUCAGGUUGGGCAAAGAUCACUUCGAACGGAGAAAGUAGCAAGCAAAAGAAGUCGAAGGAGCAGAUGGAGAGCAUCGGAGCAAAAGGGAAACCUUAGUUAAUACAAACUAUAACUAGAGAGUAGACAACAUUUCAGGUCUUUGAGAAAAGAAACAGUGUUGCCGGUUGUCGGGAGGUGUUUGGUGAACAGGAGUCCGAAUUUCAUGUCAUUUUCUGUUGUUCUCUGUCGAAGGCACACCUAAAUACAUUCACAACUCACUGUGUUCACCAUUCACUUCUCUACUGCCUCAAACUUAAAUUCCUUUCCAACUCUAUUCCCCCAUUUCUCCCGUUUUUCCCUUUCGAAAUGCUCUCAAUACAGUUGCGGAACGCCGGAGGCGGCAACCGUCAGUGCAUCGACUACAACACGGGCGGCGGGAAGCUUGGCAAAAAGUUUGGCAUGUAUGAAUGCCAUAAUCAGGGCGGAAAUCAGGUUUGGAAACAGUUCAAAUAGGUUUUAUUUUAAAAUGCUCCGAUGCUCUCUGAGUAAGUUUUAAUCAAAGUUUUCAGGAUUUUUCCUUGCUCGCGCGAUUUCAGAUAACAACCUUCGUUGUUUUCAGAGAUAAACCAGAGCUUUUUCAGUACUGGAUGUUAUCGAAAGACGGCGAAAUCAGAAGAGAUGAAUCGUGCGUCGAUUAUGCUGGAAAUGAUGUGAUGGUGUUCCCGUGCCACGGAAUGAAAGGAAAUCAAGAAUGGCGGUACAAUCACGAUGUAAGCCGACGGAAUCCCUUCAGAAACCCGUAGACUUCAUUUCAGUCCGGACGCCUUCAACACGCCGUCUCGCAGAAGUGUCUCGGAAUGACGAAAGAUGGCGCGAAACUCGAGAUGGUCGCCUGUCAGUACGACGAUCCGUACCAACAUUGGAAAUUCAAAGAGUACAACGAAGCGAAGGCGAUCGAGCACGGAGCCAAGCCGCCAAGCUAA